UAUAGGACAGGAGGGGUCCUGCUCAGAUCCCGUCAGGGUGCCUGUGCCUGGGCGUGUUCUCUCAAGAUGCCGGAGCCGACGAAGAAGCCAGUCUCAGCCUUCAGCAAGAAGCCGCGGUCCCUGGCCGUGGCGGCGGGCGGUGUGGCAGUGUUCGAGGCAGAGACGGAGCGGGCGGGAGUGAAGGUGCGUUGGCAGCGGGCCGGCAGCGACCUCAGCGCCAGUGACAAGUUCGGCGUGAGCGCCGAGGGCACCCGGCACACCCUCACCGUGCGGGACGUGGGCCCUGGCGACCAGGGCUCCUAUGCGGUCAUCGCCGGCACCUCCAAGGUCAAGUUUGACCUCAAGGUCACAGAGGCAGAGAAGGCGGAGCCGGAGCCCAGCCCUGCCCCGGGCCCCACGGCUGAGGCCCCUGCAGCCCCAGGAGAAGCCCCCGCCCCCACAGCGGAGCCCGCUGGAGGUGCCCCACAGCCCGAAGGGUCAAGCUCAGCCACCCCAGAUGGCCACAGUGCCCCCAAUGGCAUGGGUGCCCCUGACGGCCUGGGUGCCCCCAAUGAGUCCAGUGCCCCCGAGGACCCCAUCGGACUCUUUGUGACGCGGCCACAGGAUGGCGAAGUGACCGUGGGCGGCAGCAUCACCUUCUCAGCCCGGGUGGCGGGGGCCAGCCUCCUGAAACCGCCCUUGGUCAGGUGGUUCAAGGGCAAGUGGGUGGACCUGAGCAGCAAGGUGGGCCAGCACCUGCAGCUGCACGACAGCUACGACCGCGCCAGCAAGAUCUACCUCUUUGAGCUGCACAUCACCGAUGCCCAGACCACCUCUGCGGGAGGCUACCGCUGCGAGGUGUCGACCAAAGACAAAUUUGACAGCUGCAACUUUAACCUCACCGUCCACGAGGCCAUUGGCCCCGGCGACCUGGACCUCCGAUCUGCUUUCCGCCGCACGAGCCUGUCUGGAGGCGGCCGGAGGACCAGUGACAGUCAUGAGGACGCGGGGACUCUGGACUUCAGCUCGCUGCUGAAAAAGAGCAGCAGUUUCCGGACCCCACGGGACGCGAAGCUGGAGGCUCCGGCGGAGGAGGACGUGUGGGAGAUCCUGCGGCAGGCGCCCCCCACGGAGUACGAGCGCAUCGCCUUCCAGCACGGGGUCACGGAUCUGCGCGGCAUGCUCAAGCGCCUCAAGGGCAUGAAGCGCGACGAGAAGAAGAGCACAGCCUUUCAGAAGAAGCUGGAGCCCGCCUACCAGGUGGGCAAAGGCCAGAAGAUCCGGCUGAGCGUGGAGCUGGCUGACCCCGACGCCGAGAUCAAGUGGCUCAAGAAUGGACAGGAGAUCCAGAUGAGCGGCAGCAAGUACGUCUUUGAGGCGGUGGGCAACAAGCGCACGCUGACCAUCAGCCAGUGCUCGCUGGCCGACGACGCGGCCUACCAGUGCGUGGUGGGCGGCGAGAAGUGCAGUACCGAGCUCUUUGUCAAAGAGCCCCCGGUGCUGAUCAUGCGGCCCCUGGAGGACCAGCUGGUGAUGGUGGGGCAGAGGGUGGAGUUCGAGUGCGAGGUGUCCGAGGAGGGGGCCCAAGUCAAAUGGCUCAAGGACGGGGUGGAGCUGACGCGGGAGGAGACCUUCAAGUAUCGGUUCAAGAAGGACGGCCGCAAACACCACCUGAUCAUCAACGAGGCCACUCUGGAGGACGCGGGCCACUACGCGCUGCGCACCAGCGGAGGCCAGGCGCUGGCCGAGCUCAUCGUGCAGGAGAAGAAGCUGGAGGUGUAUCAGAGCAUCGCCGACUUGACGGUGGGCGCCAAAGACCAGGCUGUGUUCAAGUGCGAGGUGUCAGACGAGAACGUGCGGGGCGUGUGGCUGAAGAACGGGAAGGAGCUGGUCCCUGACAGUCGCAUCAAAGUGUCUCACAUCGGGCGGGUCCACAAACUGACCAUCGACGAUGUGACACCUGCCGACGAGGCUGACUACAGCUUCGUGCCCGAGGGCUUCGCCUGCAACCUGUCUGCCAAGCUCCACUUCAUGGAGGUCAAGAUCGACUUUGUGCCCAGGCAGGAACCUCCCAAGAUCCACCUGGACUGCCCUGGCCGCACGCCGGACACCAUCGUGGUUGUGGCCGGCAACAAGUUGCGGCUGGACGUGCCCAUCUCGGGCGACCCUGCUCCCACGGUGAUCUGGCAGAAGGUGGUCCCACAGGGGAGUAAAGGUGCCUCGGGGCCGCCCCCCGAAACCCCCGCAGACACAGGCUCCAGUGAGGACUGGGUGUUUGACAAGAAGGUGCUGUGUGAGACCGAGGGUCGGGUCCGGGUGGAGACCACCAAGGACCGCAGCAUCUUCACCGUCGAGGGGGCGGAGAAGGAAGACGAGGGCGUCUACAUCGUCACCGUGAAGAACCCGGUGGGCGAGGACCAGGUCAACCUCACCGUCAAGGUCAUCGAUGUGCCAGAUGCGCCAGCGGCCCCCAAGAUAAGCAACGUGGGCGAGGAUUCGUGUGUGGUGGAGUGGGAACCCCCGGCUUACGACGGCGGGCAGCCAAUCCUGGGCUACAUCCUAGAGCGCAAGAAGAAAAAGAGCUACCGCUGGAUGCGACUCAACUUCGACCUGGUGCGCGAGCGGCGCUAUGAGGCCCGGCGCAUGAUCGAGGGCGUGGUGUACGAGAUGCGCGUCUACGCCGUCAACGCCAUCGGCAUGUCCCGGCCCAGCCCCGCCUCCCAGCCCUUCAUGCCCAUCGGGCCCCCCAGCGAACCCACCCAUCUGGCGGUGGAGGAUGUGUCCGACACCACCGUUUCGCUCAAGUGGCGGCCCCCAGAGCGUGUGGGAGCCGGCGGGCUGGACGGCUACAGCGUGGAGUACUGUCGGGAGGGUGGCUCCGAGUGGGUGUCGGCCCUGCAGGGGCUGACGGAACGCACGUCCUUGCUGGUGAAGGAGCUGCCCACGGGGGCCCGGCUGCUGUUCCGUGUGCGGGCGCACAAUGUGGCGGGGGCCGGGGCCCCCGUCACCACCAAGGAGCCUGUCACAGUGCAGGAGAUACUGCAGCGACCACGGCUCCAGCUGCCCCGGCACCUGCGCCAGACCGUCCAGAGGAAAGUCGGGGAGACUGUGAACAUCCUCAUUCCUUUCCAGGGCAAGCCCCGGCCCCAGGUGACCUGGACCAAGGAGGGGCAGCCGCUGGCCGAGGAGGACGUGAGCAUCCGCAACAGCCCCACGGACACCAUCCUGUUCAUCCGCACCGCCCGCCGCGCCCACUCGGGCGCCUACCAGGUGUCGCUGCGCAUCGAGAGCAUGGAGGACAAGGCCACGCUGCUCCUGCAGGUCGUCGACAAGCCGAGCCCCCCGCAGGAUAUCCGGGUCACUGAGACUUGGGGCUUCAAUGUGGCUCUGGAGUGGAAGCCCCCCCAGGACGACGGCAACACGGAGAUCCUGGGCUACACGGUCCAGAAAGCCGACAAGAAGACCAUGGAGUGGUUCACCGUCUUGGAGCAUUACCGCCGCACCCACUGCGUGGUGUCCGAGCUCAUCAUUGGCAACGGCUACUACUUCCGGGUCAUCAGCCACAACAUGGUGGGGCCUAGUGACAGCGCUGCCACCACCAAGGAGCCCGUCUUUAUCCCCAGGCCAGGCAUCACCUACGAGCCACCCAACUACAAGGACCUGGACUUCUCCGAGGCCCCCAGCUUCACCCACCCCCUGGUGAACCGCUCGGUCAUCGCCGGUUACAACGCCACCCUCUGCUGUGCCGUGCGCGGGAGCCCCAAGCCCAAGAUCUCCUGGCUGAAGAACGGCCUGGACCUGGGCGAGGACGCCCGUUUCCGCAUGUUCAGCAAGCAGGGGGUGCUGACCCUGGAGAUCCGCAAGCCCUGCCCCUACGACGGGGGCGUCUACGUCUGCCGCGCCACCAACCUGCAGGGCGAGGCGCAGUGCGAGUGCCGCCUGGAGGUGCGAGUGCCCCAGUGACCGAGCUCCUGGCAUGACAGGUGCCAGAGGAUGCCCGUUCAAGCGUGCAGAAGCCCAGAGGCGGAUCCUGCUGGCGGAAGAGGCGUGCCUUGGGGUUUCCUUGUUUGGCGGGGAGGGGAGGGGGCAGCCAGGACUCUGCAGGCUGCACUGUUGGAGACCCCACUGGCAGC